AUCUACCGUGUGUCGUCUCCUCAUUUGAUGAAUCUAACGAUCUUCACCUGCAUACGAGAAGACGAGAACUUAAAGCUUGACGUUAGAAAUAUGACUGUUGUGUGCUUUUGUUUCUCUGACAUCAGUCGUAAAGACUUUACUUGAAAGCGUCUUUCCAAACAGGAAUGUAGUUUGGGGGCGGAGACUCGCAGCAACAUUACAUUCUGCAUCCAGAAACUGUGAAAUAUGGACACUGCCAUGAGAUCAGUCGUGACCAUUCGAGCUCGUUCAGCUCUAUUCAUAACAGAAUCCAAGCACAGCGCAAAGGCAGGAAUGGGAUUGGAGAGGUGGAUGUAGUGUUUGGGCUCGGGAUCUGUAGGUCAUACACACGGCUGGAGUUUACGGUCAACGUUUUGUAACAAGGCUUGUUCUUUGUUGAGACAUUGUUUUCUGCCUGGCUGUUUUCAGAGGACCAGCGGAUCGCUGUUUCAGCCCCAAAUCUGCUCUUGUAUUUGGGCGGGACGUGGAGAUAAAAGAGUUCAGCAUGAGGAAUAACCAGGAGGCAGAGGGCUUUGAUGGCGAGGCCUCCAACACCUCGAUGAUUUCAGGAGCCACUAGUCCGUAUCAGCCGACCACUGAGCCCGUGCACUCCAGAAACGUGUUCAGGUCCAUCAGGUGUGACCUGGACUAUCUCAAAUCAAUUUUCGGUAUUUUAAAAGUUAUCGAAGUGGUCCUGGCUCUCAUUUCUUUCAUCUUUAUUGAGACCAUCAUGAUGUGCUCGCCCUGUGCCGGCGUCUACCUCUUUGAGUUUGUCAGCUGCAGUGCCUUCGUUGUCACAGGCGUCUUGCUCCUCAUCUUCAGCCUGAACCUGCACACCAAAGUGCCGCAUGUCAACUGGAGUCUAACAGAUCUAAUCAACACUGCCACCAGCACCUUGUUCUUCUUUCUGGCUUCAGUGGUUUUGGCAGCUCUCAACCAUCAAACCGGAGCAGAGAUUGCAGCUGUGAUUUUUGGGUUCCUGGUAAUGGGAGUAUAUGGCCUGAACACAUAUCUGGCGGUACGGAGAUGGCGUCUAGGGGAUUCACGAGACGGACCCCUGCAGACGAGCGAGUACAUCCGUGCCCGCACAGCCUCGCGGGGGGAGGUGGAGUCACGGCCUGAACUGCAUUAAACCACCAAUAGAGACUGAGACAAGCCAAGCCCCGUCUGCAUUACUGUCACAGUGUGUUCUUCUGUGUAUCUUCGUGAUGAAAGUCAGAUGACGGGCGGUAAGGAUGAGCACUUACAAACAAACAGUUGUGUGAACAGUCUGAAGUGAAACAAACUUCUGGCAUCUUCAUUAUAAUCAGCCUCAGGCUACCGUCAUUCGACUGUAUACUUAAAUACUGUAUCUUUCCGCUAAUUAAGGGCUUUACGUUACUAUGAUCUGGAUGAAUAUUGACAGAAACUCACUCCACUGUGUUCCUAAACUUCUCCCAUUAGAGAAUCUGAAAGUUUUUUUUUUUUUAUAAUGCCUGCAAUAAAACAGACCAAGCCUGUCAGUCACCACUUGAAACCACUUCUAUUUAGCUCCAUUCCAAGCUGGCUAAUAUGAAAGGAUUGCGACUGUUUCUAAAAAGUGUCUUAUCAAAGAUCAGCUGAUUUAAGUGAUCUUUCUGACUGAAGUGGAAUGGGAAUUUGUGGGAGUGUUUAUGAACAAAAAACUGUUUUUCUCUCUGCUAUUGUGUUCCUGUAUCAAACACAUCUGAGUAAACUGCAGUUGGAUUGGACCGUUUGUCUGUAGAGAUGAAGUAACUAGAUGUUAGGAGCACCAGUAUUUAUUUUAAUGUAAAAUAUUUUUAUAAUACCACAGCUUUGGUAGCUACAUUGUACCAAAUGUAGUCGUGAAUGUGACCCUGUGUUAAAACUGACAACAACAGCUUUCAAAUUGUGUGUGUGGGUGAUGGGGGUGUGAGUUUUAUGAAACCUUUUAGAUACUAAACUUUAGAUACUUCAGAUUUUUAGAUACUAAAUCUUGUGUGCAUAGUCUAUUGUUUUUGUGGUUGUUUCUGUACUCAACCCUGUCCAGUUAUCUGUAUAUAUUGAUUUAAGCAAGGAUAGAGUUUUUGAAGAAGGUGUAUAUAUUACGUAUCUGUGUGUAUGAUAUGACAUUCAUGAAGGGUUCCUGUUUGUAUGAAUUCUUAUGACUGAAACUAACAGACUGUAUUUGAAGGAACAAGUGUACUGCAGUACAUAUGAAUGCAUUAGCUAAACUGUGUAUCUUUUCUGUGUGCCUUAAUUGUAGAAGCUUGACUAGUCAAAACGCUCAACUUCUGAACACUAAUGUUAUUACAACGUUAGCAGAAUAACAGCUUAAGUGGGUGUGAAAUUCAAACAUUUGAUGAACUGAUCCUUGGUAUUUCUAAAGUGCUUUAUUGAUCCUCUAAUGGGUCUUUUUAAAAGGAGUGUCAUGGAACGACAUUGUGAGGGGAACGAAAUGUAUGUUUUACCACAGAUUUUAAGGUGUUGUGCAAUUAGUGGAAUGAUUUUUUACCCCCUAGAAAACGAUCAUUCGCUAUAUUCGUUUAUAGUCAUACUUAUGUCUUUCUUUCUAAAGUUCUUUAGUGAAGUCACUUUUACGUUUUGGAAUAAGACCAAUGUUGAAAUGAAGUAAUUUUGAGGUGUGGACUCACAUUAUAGUCACAGAUGAACACUGUGUGGGCUUGAAAAUGUUGAAAGACAAUCACAAGAAUGAUUUAAGUCUCUGCAUUAAAGUGCUGAAAUCAUUGA